AUUAAUUAUUUUCGAAUGACUGUAGAGGAUUUUAACAAAUUACUUACUAUUGUGGAACCAUAUAUUAAAAAACAGGAAUGUAUUCGAGAACCAAUACCUCCUGAUAUACGCUUAAAAAUAUGUUUGCGUUAUUUGGCUUCAGGAGAUAGCAUGAAAUCUCUAUCUUAUGCAUUUAGAGUAGGGCACAAUACUAUUUCAAAAAUUGUGUCUGAAACAUGUGAAGCAAUCUGGAUUUCAUUAAAAGAUAAAGUUUUUGAGCAACCUACAAAAGAUUUUUGGAUAAAAAUAGCAAAUAAUUUUGAUACACAAUGGGAUUUCCCAAACUGUAUAGGAGCAUUAGACGGAAAACAUGUUAUAAUCCAAGCUCCUCUAAACAGUGGAUCCACAUUUUACAAUUACAAGGGUCAGCACAGUUUUAAUUUGCUUACAUUUGUGAUGCACAAUAUCGGUUCACUUUCAUAG